AUGUUGAAAUGGUUAUUAUUCUUUCUUCACAGAAACAUGAGUUCUUCUGGUUUCUGGCUUGUCUACAAUAGUUUCAAGACAGAUGAAGAGUGCAAGGGACUUAGAACAGAACUGACGAAGGAAGGAUUUGAGUACACGUUGCCAAGCGACGUUUUCCAAAGGCACAGCAGCUGUGAGUUUACUAUGGCCAGCAACCUUUCCCUGGGAGAACGAGUACGCUUCAGAGUCCUCCAUUCUGAAAGUGACGUGACGCUGCGAUCAGUUGAAUAUGAUGAGGCAGGUCACAGCAAAAUUCACCCACUGCUCGACAAUGGAGAUUGGCGUCCCUACAAGUGGGUCUACUCCAGAUACCCCCUGGCUCUAACCCUGAAAAGAAGUGCUUACACAAGAAAUGGCGCGUCUUCCUUCAGCUUUGAAGUGAUCGAUACACCUGGAUGUGACGGCUCCGAGAUAACGGUGGAGGUCGACACAGACAGCCUGGACUUUAACUCUGCGGACUACCCUCAGCAGUACCAAGGGUCAGAGAUUUUUGAGAUUCCAAAUGAUUUAUUGAUUUGA